GGGGCCUUUGGAUGGAGAGGGGGGUGAAGCCGGCUAGGUUUGGAACAAACAGGGAAGGGAGAGGACGGCAGUGAGGAGGGGCGCCUUGGACAAGAGGUGAGGCUGAGGCGCAGGAGAGUGUGUUUGGGGGAAGGGAAACCAGAGCAGGUAUGGAGGCCGCCUCUCAGAAGGUAGCUAUGGGGCUAGACUGAAGACCCCUGGGUGGGAUUGAGGGGCGGUGACUGGAAGUGGGGAGCAGGUAGCCUCCCAGAUCCUGGAGAAGGAAGAAGGCGAUUUGGGCCAUCAGUGAGGGAAGUGGAGAUGAUCGCUGAGGAGCCAGGGCUCAGGAAGAGGGGUGGACGAAGGCCGGGGCCCAGGCGAAAAAGUGGAAGGGAGGAUGGCAGAGGAUGGAGAUAUUUGGCUAGUGGUAUUGUAGAUGCCCAACUCAGAGUGCCCCCACCCUUUCUCCAGAAUCCCCACCCUGCCCUCAUGACACUUCCCCAGUCUCAGGGCCCAAAAAGGGGUGAGGAGUCUAACUGUCUCCCCCUUCCCAGUUGGGGUGCAAUGUACGCAAGUAGGCCUGGGCAUAACUCCUUGUCUGUGGGUAUGUCCAGUUCUGUGCAGCCUAUUUGUGUGUGUCUGUCUGGAGGUCUAUGUGUGCUGUGGGUGUGUCUGAUGUUUAUGUCUGUGUGUCUGCCUGUUCCUAGGCUGUGUUUACCUAUGCCGGUAUAUGUGUCUGGUCUUCUGUUCAUAUGGGUCUAUGGCCCUGUGGUUUGUAUGUCUGAAUGUUUGUUUGUGGGGCCUGUGUGUAUGUAUCAGGCUGUAUUUACAGGAUGGAAAUCUGUCGAUCUGAUCAUUCAGGAGUGUGUAAUUGUGGCCCUGAACACCUUUAUCAGGAUGUGUGACUGUGUACACAUGUCCAUCUAUGUCUCUCUGUAUGUCCUAGGGGCAGUGUUGGGUUUUCUGUGUCUCCAUCUGUUUUCCACUCUCUGAGGACCCAAGUCAUGUCUCUGUUCCUCUCUCUCUCUCUCUCUCUCUCUCUCUCUCUCUCUCUCUCCCUCUCUCUCAUUCAUUCCUGGCCCCCACCCACCCCACAUCUUUCUUUUUUUCCUUCCCAUCUUCCCAAGUGGAUCCGGGACCCAGGGAGGGCCGUCCCCCGGGCCUGGUGGCACUGAGCAGGGCCCCCCAGCCCCCACCUCCUGCCCCACGACAUGAACCUCCUCUACCGAAAAACCAAGCUGGAGUGGAGGCAACACAAGGAGGAGGAGGCCAAGAGGAGCUCCAGUAAGGAGGUGGCUCCCGCAGGCCCAGCGGGGCCUGGGGCUGGCCCGGGGCCUGGGGUCCGAGUGCGGGACAUUGCCUCGCUGCGUCGCUCCCUCAGGAUGGGCUUCAUGACAAUGCCUGCCUCUCAGGAGCACACCCCCCACCCCUGCCGCAGCGCCAUGGCCCCACGCUCCCUCUCCUGCCACUCAGUGGGCAGCAUGGACAGUGUGGGGGGUGGGCCUGGGGGAGGCGGUGGGGGUCUCACCGAGGACAGCAGCACCCGAAGACCCCCAGCCAAGCCCCGGAGACACCCCAGCACCAAGCUCAGCAUGGCAGGGUCAGGGGCAGAGAUGCCUCUUAGCAAGAAAGCAGGUUUACAGAAGGCAGCCCCAGAGGGCCGAGAGUCCAGCCGGAAGGUUCCUCCACAGAAGCCCAGGCGAAGCCCCAACACCCAGCUCUCUGUCUCCUUCGAUGAGUCUUGUCCCGCAGUCCCCUCUCCUCGAGGGGGGAACCUGCCCAUUCAGCGCCUCAGUAGGGGAUCCUGCAUCACUGGGGACCCUGAGGUGGGUGCCCAGGAAGAAGAGCCAGUGUACAUCGAGAUGGUGGGGGAUGUCUUCAGGGGAGGAGGGCGAAGUGGAGGGGGCCUGACUGGACCCCCCAUUGGGGGUGGGGGCCCAGCCCCUCCAGCUGGCGUUGACUCAGACUCGGAAGAGAGUGAGGCCAUAUAUGAGGAGAUGAAGUAUCCCCUGCCUGAGGAGGCAGGGGAAGGCCGGGCCAAUGGGACCUCUCCACUGACCGCCACCUCCUCGUCACAUCAGCCUCAUGCUCUCCAGCCUCACACCCACCGCCGUCCAUCCUCAGCCCUCCCUAGCCGGAGGGAUGGGACGCCCACCAAGACCACUCCUUGUGAAAUCCCCCCGCCCUUCCCCAACCUCCUCCAGCACCGUCCUCCACUCCUGGCCUUUCCCCAAGCCAAGUCUGCUUCCCGAACCCCUGGUGAUGGGGUCUCAAGGCUACCGGUCCUCUGCCACUCCAAGGAGCCAGCGGGCUCCACCCCAGCUCCCCAAGUGCCUGCCCGGGAGCGGGAGACACCUCCCCUACCGCCACCGCCUCCUGCUGCCAACCUGCUGUUGCUGGGACCCUCGGGCCGUGCCCGGAGCCACUCAACACCGCUGCCACCCCAGGGCUCUGGCCAGCUCCGGGGGGAGCGGGAGCUCCCCAACUCCCACAGCAUGAUCUGCCCCAAGGCAGCAGGGGCGCCGGCAGCCCCUCCUGCCCCAGCCACCUUGCUUCCUGGCCCCCCCAAGGACAAGGCCGUGUCUUACACCAUGGUGUACUCAGCAGUCAAGGUGACCACGCACUCCGUCCUGCCAGCUGGGCCACCCCUGGGUGCUGGGGAGCCAAAGACCGAGAAGGAGAUCUCAGUCCUCCACGGGAUGCUGUGCACCAGCUCAAGGUCCCCUGUGCCUGGGAAGUCCAGCUCCCACACUGGGGCCAUGGGCGCAGCAGCUGGGGUUCUCCACCACCGCGGCUGCCUGGCCUCCCCACACAGCCUUCCAGACCCAACUGCAGGCCCCCUGACUCCACUCUGGACCUACCCAGCCUCAGCAGCUGGGCUCAAGAGACCCCCUGCCUAUGAGAGCCUCAAGGCUGGGGGGGUGCUGAAUAAGGGCUGUGGAAUGGGGACCCCAUCCCCCAUGGUCAAGAUCCAGCUGCAAGAGCAAGGGACCGAUGGGGGUGCCUUUGCCAGUAUCUCCUGUGCCCACGUCAUCGCCAGUGCAGGGACACCAGAAGAGGAAGAAGAGGAAAUGGGUGCCACGACAUUUGGGGCAGGCUGGGCUCUGCAGAGGAAGGUCCUGUAUGGAGGGAGGAAGGCAAAAGAGCUGGACACAGAGGUCGAGGAUGGUGCUCGGGCCUGGAAUGGCAAUGUCGAGGGUCCAGGCAAGGUGGAGCGUGAGGACAGGGGCCCUAUGGCUUCAGGGAUCCCAGUGAGGAGCCAGGGGGCAGAGGGCCUGCUGGCCAGGAUCCACCAUGGAGGGGACCGAGGAGGGAGCCGCACAGCGCUGCCCACACCCUGCCAGACCUUCCCAGCCUGCCACCGAAAUGGAGACUUCACAGGAGGCUACCGCCUGGGGCGCUCCGCCUCCACCUCUGGAGUCCGUCAGGCCUCGCUCCACACACCUCGGCCCUGCAGCCAGCCCCGGGAUGUCCCGAGCCAGACCCACCCUGCGCUGCCGCUGCCGCUGCCCCUGCCGCCUCAGCCGGCCCGCGAGCGCGACGGCAAGCUGCUGGAGGUGAUCGAGCGCAAGCGCUGCGUGUGCAAGGAGAUCAAGGCGCGCCACCGUCCCGACCGGGGUCUCUGCAAGCAGGAGAGCAUGCCCAUCCUCCCUAGCUGGCGGCGGGGGCCCGAGCCCCGCAAGUCCGGUACCCCGCCCUGCCGCCGGCAGCACACGGUCCUCUGGGACACAGCCAUCUGAGGAGGGCGGGAGGCCGGGCUCCGGGACUUGGGAACGGGGCGGGGCCCUCCGGGAGACUUGCCUUGAAAGAGGGACCCUUGAAAGGACCAGGUGAGAGCGCCAGGAAGAACCCCUGCCCUCCUCCCUAAUCUCCGGAGACGGGGAGUCAGUCUGCCAGGCCUAUCGGGCUUGGGGCACCAGCAGCACCCAAAAAAAUUUUGGGGGAGAAGGACGGUUUGCUUGAGGCUGGGAGUGAGGCCGUCGCGCAGCUCUCGCCACUGAGUGUGGUAGACCCCUCCUCCUGCGAGGGCAAAGGCCAUGCCAGAGGUCAGCAUGGGGGAGGUGGGAAGGGUUAGGGAGGAAGGGCGGGUCUAUUGAGGGCGAGGGACUGGAGAGUGAGAGGUGGAGAAACUUUUUAUAGAGUCGGGAAUUGGGGAGGGCGUAUUUAUUUUGUUAUUUAUUUUAGUCUGGAGGACAAUUCUGGGCCCUCCGACUUACUCCUGAGCAGGGAGUGGGGAAUGUCGGACAAUUAAUGGGAACCAAGUUUUCACUCUUCCCCCAUGCCGAAAGGCCCCACCAUCCGUGCCCACCCCAAAGCGAGGGAUUGGUCUGGUCUGGGAAGUGGAGGCCUAGGGCCACAGACUUAGUUACAGUACUUACAAGUCGCCGGUAGUGAGAGUGGCCUGCUCUGAACCUGGCAUCUUAUUUAGCUUUGGCACCAGGUAUGGGUGGGAUGAUGGGGAAGAAGGGAAAUUUUAGCGGGUGGGGGAGGGCAGGGUAUUUAUUUAAAUUUUAAAAAAAUCAGAAGAGAUGUCAGGAACUUUUUUUUAAUUCCUUUCUUUUCAGAAUAAUAUAUUAAAAGACUAACGAUCCUAGAACUGGCUUGUUAAAUUUCAGUGUGCUCCGCCUUUCUUAACACCUGUUUUGAUUUCCCUCUGGCCCGUGGUUUGUGAGAGUUGAAGGUUGUGCAGGCAGGGAUGAGUGGCUGUGGCAAGUAACAAGGACAGGUGAAGUCUGAGGUAAAUCUUCAGCAGGAAUGCUACCGUGCAGUGACUCAACGAGCAUUUAGGGAGCAUCUGAUGUGUGUUUGGCAAUGCGCCAUUGCAGAAGGAAUAUUCAGACUGAGGCCUGCCGGCAAACAUCUAUAGUCUACCCAGGGAGAUGAGCUACCUGAGCCAACACUACACAGUGCUCCAGGAGUAAGAGAGGGAGAGGGCUGGAAUCAUAUAAGAAGGCUUCCUGGAAAGGGAGCCUAAAAAUACAGGUAAGAUUUGGAUAAGCAGAGAAGGAGGGAAAAUUCCAAAGUCACAGUGUCAUUGUAGAAGAUGGAGGAGGGGGAUAGGAAGUGUGUUUAAAUAAUGCAGAGUUGGCAUGAUGAAGCUGGUUCAGAAAGAUGGGCCUUAAAAUUAAAGCAAGAUGCUGGUCCUGGGGAAGGAAUGCAGAGGGAUACUGGAAGGAGAGAAAGAUAAAAAGAGUGUCUGGGAGAAUGGAGGGCAAGGGACAAUAAAUGGGACAUCUGCGAAGCCCAAGGUUGGAGCUCAUGUGAUUGCAGAAAUAAUCAUCUUGACAGAGCAAGGAAAGGGGUUGAGAGGACGAUCAAUUGGAAGCAAUGGUGAAUAUUUAGAUUGAAAGGUUUAUGAUCAGAUAGAACAGUAUUUCAAAGAAAGUGGUGGAUGAUACAAGAAAUGUUUUUAAACAGUAUGGAGAGCUUUUUUUGAAACUUUAAUAGUCUUGUGUUUAUUUUCAUAUUAGAGAAAUUAUAGUCAACACAUCAGACUUCUUGUUAUUUCAUGGAUAUUAUUGCACAAGACAAGGCUAAUUUUUAAUGAGCUGGUUUAAAGAAAAAAAUUAAGCAAUUAAAUGAUGGUACAGGUGGUAUACAGAAUACGAAAAUUACAGUGGUAUGAGAAUUGUUGAAAUUUAAGAAACACCCAAUCAGAGAUAAAAUGAUAAUUUGGGAGAAAUUAUAAGACUGUGGACAAUAGGAGUCAUCAACAUAGAAAUGGUACUCAAGGCCAAGACUGAGCUCUAUAGGACAGAGUGUGG